AUGGCUGAUAUAGCCAGGAAGCCCCCUCAGAAUUUAGAUGGCUUUAUGAGUAUAGCCGAGAAGUACAUUAACCAGGAGGAGACACUCCGAGCUCUGUUGGGACCCGAGAGAACUCGCCCAUCCACCUCCGGGAAUCCAAAAAAGAAGAAUCUUCGGAAGGAAGAACGGAAGCGGGUUCCAGAAGAAGAGGCGAGGCCAAAGCGGGAUCAGGAGUCCCUAAGGGGUCACAACUGGACACCCCUCAAUGCACCCAUUAUGGAUGUUCUCCUAGAAAUAAAACGAGACCCGACGUACCGAAAACCCAGACCGGUGCUCGCAAAUCCUCAUUCACGAUACGCCGACCAGUAUUGUGCGUUUCAUGACACUACCGGGCAUCGCACAGAAGCCUGCAUAUCCUUGAGACUUCUGAUUGAACGCUUCAUAGAAAACGGAAAACUUGUCCGUUUCCUCGCAGAUCAGAGAAUUCAGCAGAACCCGGAGCACGGCAAUCGCCCCCAUCAGAAUCGGUUCCAUCAGGAUCAAAACAAUCCCCGGGAUGAUCGAGGAAGAAAUCAAGAAAGGGGAAGGGAACCAGAACGCAGGCCAGAACGGCAGGAAAACCUUCCGGAAAUACAAACGAUUUCGGGGGGUUUCGGAGGAGGCGGGGAGUCUAGCUCGGCGCGGAAGGUAUAUGCAAGGCAGCUACGGGAUUUCGAGGUAUACUCGGUGCAGAAACCUCCAAAGUCCCAAAAACAAGACGCACAAGUGAUCGGGUUCUCGGAUGAUGAUUACGCAGGGGUAUCUCUUCCACAUACCGACGCUCUGGUACUGAGUCUGGAAAUAGCCAACCACAAAAUACACCGCGUCUUGGUUGACACAGGAAGCUCGGCUGACAUCCUUUACAGGUCAGCCUUCGAGCGAAUGAAGAUCGAUCGAAGUAAGGUGAUCCCGACGAGAUAUUCGCUUGUGGGAUUCACAGGAGAGCAAGUGCUCCCACUCGGGUCCAUUGAGCUUCCGGUCACAGCAGGAAUGUACCCGAGGCAGAGGACGGUGAUGGUUCGGUUCUUAAUAAUCAACCGACCAUCGGCCUACAACGCCAUCCUCGGGAGAACAGCUCUCAAUGAAUUUAGGGCUGUGACCUCAACCCCUCACCUGAGCAUGAAAUUCCCCACCGAAGAUAUAAAGCAAAGGCCGACCGGUUCCAUAAUCAGAUUCUUGCUUUCACUCGAGUUCGAGAUCGAACCUAGGUUAAUGGAUUUAGAGCAGGCUAUCUUGGAGCUACGGGAAAUUGGCCGAGACUUGAUUCCUGAUGUCCCGUACUGGGUUGGUGAAGAUGUCGAAAUAGCUGAUGAGGUGACUGAGCCGGCAGACUUAGGUGCUUCGACUAAGGCCGCUGAAAUUGAGGCUCCUGAUAGCCAAGUUCCUGAGGAACCGAGUGCAGAUAGAACUUAG